UGCUUUUAAACUCAUCUGCUUGGUGAUCCCUCAAAAAUUCUCCUACAAGCCUGGGGUCAUUUUUAUACGACUACAACUUCCCUAUUACUUAAGCAUUUGACCAUUUCAAAUGCACGCAAUGUAUUACUUGAAGAACCAAUGAAGAGGUAAAUGUCUGGAAGAGAAGCUACCGAUAUUCUGCAAAGAAAGGAGAGUGGAUGAACGCACGCACUAACCUGGUGCGUCCGCGUAUGAGACUCUGCAAAGGAAAUAAUUUUAUCAACGCCGCGGCAAAGCGAAAACACUUUUCUUGGUUUGAAUAGAUAAAUAAAAAAUCAAGCUGGCUCACGCUCUCUCAAACCAGCAAAGUUUGACAGCUGGUCUUCAUCCUCUUUGGAGGACUGUCAACAGCAAACGGAUGGCAUCAGAACUGGCAAUGAGCAACUCCGACCUGCCCACCAGCCCCCUGGCUAUGGAAUAUGUUAAUGACUUCGAUCUGAUGAAGUUUGAAGUGAAAAAGGAGCCGGUGGAGUCCGAUCGCAGCAUCAACCAGUGCAGCCGCCUGAUCGCCGGGGGAUCCCUGUCUUCCACCCCGAUGAGCACGCCUUGCAGCUCGGUACCCCCUUCUCCAAGCUUCUCGGCGCCCAGUCCAGGCUCCGGGAGCGAACAGAAGGCACAUUUAGAGGACUUCUACUGGAUGACGGGUUAUCAACAGCAGUUGAACCCGGAGACUCUGGGCUUUUGCCCCGAAGACGCCGUAGAGGCGCUGAUCAACAGCACUCACCAACUUCAGACCUUCGAUGGCUAUGCUAGAGGGCAGCAAUUCGCUGGUGCAGGCGGAGGAGGAGGCACCAUGGGUGGGGAGGAGAUGGGAUCCGCAGCCGCUGUGGUUUCUGCAGUUAUCGCGGCUGCUGCAGCCCAGAACGGAGGUCCUCAUCACCAUCAUCAUCAUCACCAUCACGCUGGCGGUCAUCACCAGACACCCGGGGUCCCCACCAGUGGGAACUCGGGAGGAAGUCACCCACAUGUGCAUUUGGACGACCGGUUUUCGGACGACCAGCUGGUGACAAUGUCAGUGCGAGAGCUCAAUCGGCAGCUCCGGGGGGUCAGCAAAGAAGAAGUGAUCAGGCUGAAACAAAAGAGGCGGACCCUCAAAAACAGAGGCUAUGCGCAGUCCUGUCGCUACAAGAGGGUCCAGCAACGCCACAUCCUGGAAGGCGAGAAGUCACAGCUUAUUCAGCAAGUUGAUCACCUCAAACAAGAGAUAUCGCGACUAGUUCGGGAAAGGGAUGUCUACAAGGAAAAAUAUGAGAAGCUCGUCGGAAAUGGCUUCAGAGAAACCGGCUCCAGCAGUGACAACAACCCUUCAUCUCCAGAGUUUUUCAUGUCAUCAAGAAAUUUCAUACAUCUGUGAUAGAGAAAUAUGAUCCCACAUCCUUGGCCUUGAAGUCUGAGAGAACUAAGCCCUCCACACCAUAGCGUGCCUAUUGGAGAGGACAGCGCACAAACCUCAGUGACACGACCCCACCCGACCCCUAAUCCCCAGCACUGAGACCUCCCAAAUGGGCCUUUACUGUACAUCUGCAUCACAUCAGCAGCCACUCAAAAAGGGAAUCACUUUAUCCGUCAUUUCAGAGCUUUUCAGAGCAAUGUUUCUGCAGUGCUCGCACGCCUGCCAGAAACAGCUGCUCUCUCUUAGUGCGCCUCAUUGUUGUGCUGGCAGCCAAUAUGCAUAAUAAAUACAACUCUGGAAUGUUGUGAUAUUGAUUUUCUCUUGAUGUAUGGAUUUUCCAUACAUUACUCAUAUGUUGUCUUUGUUCGGUGUGUGAUAAGCAACUGAAAUCCAAUCACGUUUCACUGCAGAGCAGAGACAGUAGUCUUAUGUACAGUUUAAGAUUCAUAUUUAUAUUAUAAGAGCUAUAAGAUUAGUAUUUAUAUUGUUAGCUUUUGCUGUUGGAUAUUUGUUGUCCUUUGGAUGACACUUAAGACAUAAGAAGACCGAGUCAAGUGGCCCAUACAGAUAGAAGAACAGAAACGUAAGCAAUUCAUCUACAUCAAUGCAAUGAAGUGGCAGUGGAAUAUAUUAUUUUGGUUUGACCCCUUGGGUGCUGGUAAAUGAAGGUGUCAUGGUGUAAAGCAUCAUUAUGAAAAUGCGCCUUCAGUUUUCUGAGCUCUUUAAAAUAAUCUCUUAAUACAAAUGCAUGGAUAGCACAAUCCUGGCAUGGUAUGACACCCCCACAACCUGCUGAAGUGAUUCAGAAAGACAAAGCGCCCCUGUCAGUCUCUCUAUACCAGAGGGAGAAGGGCAUUUCGAACUUCCCUUGUGCUAUCUGGCACGUGGCAACUUGGAACAAAUUAAAAAAUUUAACCUACCACAGCAUUACUAAUAAAUGCAAGAUUGUAGUUCAUUUUCAGAACCGCUAAACUCACAAAAGUCAGCACAAAAUUGUUCAUUAACAAAUACUAAUUGUUGCAUGUCCCUUGUCCUCAUUACCACAGUCAGUCACUUUUGGGUGUGUCUCUCUUUAUUCUGAUACUUAAACCAGAAAUAGUCAGAGCGGACUGACAGUGGAAGUAGCCUUCAAGGCUCCUUAAGGCCUUCAAUCACUGUUUCCCUGGUCAUAGGAGUCCAUUGUUCCAGUUCUGUAAUGAGUUCUCGGUUUAUUAGGUUUGAUUGAGCUGAUUGUCAAUGUAGUAAUAAUAUGGAUUUGACAUCACUCAGAGUGCAUACAGUUAGUUCCUUUUCGUGAUAUGGACCCUUGACAUGUCCAAGAAUUGUUCUUUCUAGAAAAAGGAUACAAGCAAAAGUGCUUCUGUAAGUUCUUUCAAUUUAAUCUUGGUAGUUUAAUGUAUUGAUUAAGAGUAAUUUGUUUUUUAUGGGGCAUUGAACAAUUGAUUGAGGUUAAUUGAGAUGGUGUUGAAAUUUGUUUUAGGGGCAAAUAUUAACCGGAAUGUUGAAUAAAGUGCUUCAUAAUAGCAUAAAACCAGCUUGACAAGCACAUUGUUCUCACAGAGAUUAAAUGUGCAUAUAUAUAUUUUUUAUAAAUAAAGGUCAGUGCUCAAUUAAAAGUUCAAUCAAACCGUAUUAAUUGAGAGCUCAGCAGGAAUGCAAACAAGCAUGCACCAUGUGCUACACAGCCAGCAUCCUGAACUAAUACUGUACUACAGAAAUGAAAAUCCUGCAUUCUCCCAAUUUAGUCUACAGACACAAGAGCCCCCAGAGCUAACUGCAGGUCAGAUCCAGCCUGCAACCACCAGGGAAGGACACGCCGUGGAAACCACAUCAGAAGCUUGUGAGUUGUGUGUCGCCCCAUGAUUGUGCUGGGCACUGUCGCAGUGGCAAGGCCAAAGUGUCCCAGCCAAAGUCUCGGUCCAGCUGCGGAGUGACGGCGCUCUAUUGGCCCUGGCACGCAAGACCCACAUCACCUGCAGCCACCACCGAAGCAGCAACGCCCUUUCGCCGUCCCCGCUUCCUCCCGCGCGGUCUCCCGGCGCGGAUCCGCAGGGUGUCUGGGAAUCGGCGUUUGACUCCGGCGCGCUCUAUUUUUGGACUCUGGUCCUGCGCAUCGGCACCGAGGAAAUCAAUCUGGAUUGAUCUGUCAUGCGGAGUGAAAGUAAUGGGAGUGGGGGGAAUAAAAUAACCCUAAUAUAGGUCAAGAGGUCAGCGUGAUUUAUUUUCACGGGGAGAAACUUCCCCCCUUGUUUUUCUCCACCAGAUGCACGAGGCCCACCUGCUCCGUCCUGCCUGCUUUUCUCUCUGAUUCUCUGAGCCGUGAAACCGGAGACAGGGAGUUAUAUUUAGCAUGGAGGACUGACUGUAUUCUGGCUUCGCAUUAAGGUUAAAAAUACGAAGAGCCUCGUACAGCGAGGGGCACGUCAUCGCCGCAAAUUAACUUUGCCGUCCCAGGGCGAAAUCACAUCGACGGGAGGCAUUCUGUUAAUUUGCUCAAUUGACAGCGCGAUAGCCGCUGCUUUCUAUAAAGAACCUUUCCAAAAGCAAGGCUCACGCUGGACCGAAAGCAGGAACACAAACGUGAGCUAGCUCAUUACAGGACAUGAGAUAUCCUUUUUCAAAAUACCUAAUAUGGGGCAGCAACAUUGCAACCUACGGAAAUGCUGUAAUUUGAAUUGUCAUACACCUGUGUGGGUAUUUUUUGCCACCAUUUUCUUACGCAUACUCUGAGUUAGUUGUCCCCUCAGAACUGGGGCAAUUAAAACAUUGAAGCUCAUGCUUUCGGAAAUAGGGCAGAAACCGUGAUAACUCAUAACUCCUGAUAAAGGACUGCACUCAGCAUUUUUUUUUUUUUUACAAGUCCCAAAAAUUAAAACAAUAUAGCAUUCAUCAGUGCUGUGCUGGCAGCCUCAUUAUAUACUUUCCCUGAGUCAUCACUUCAUGUGCACAAGGUAGUAAAGAGGAAUUGCCAGUCUCUUACCAAUUGCCAAUGGUCAUAUGCUUCUGGUUAUACCAUAAGUGCUCUUUUCUGUUGAGUGUAAUCUGCACUGUGACGUCCCCUGCUACAUAGAUCACUCUGCAUAUCAGUCAUCACAUAUAAAUGAAUUAAUAAAAAAAAAGAUGCUAAUUCUGUAAGGUAAAAGUAACCAGGGCCAGUGUGUUGAGGAUGAAGCAUUUCUGGCUGUGGGAGAUGGACAGGAGGGAGGAGGGGAGGAGGCUGGCCUCUGCACCGCAGGGCUCACUCCACGGAGGGGAUCAGGGGAAUUUUCUUUCUUUCACAAAUCGUCUUUUCUUGCCAAAGCUGCAUUUCACCAAUGAAUAGCAUUGGUUAGAAUUUGCAGACAACCCCUGAAAUGUGCAAGUGUCUCUCAGGUGUUGAAGGGGACACUGGGGUUUGAGAACAAAAAUGGGUCCUGCCUUUUAGUUUCACAAAUAGCUGUGAAUUUAUGUUUUGAAAUAAAUAUGCAAAACUAGCAUUGUUAACCGUGAAUAAUAAAGAAGUGAAACAUAAAAUCACUUAUUGUGAAUAUUUUCAUAUAUGUUUUAGAAUACUGUGUUCACUUUAGUUAUGAAAAAUGAAGACAACACAUCUUUCUCUUGGUUCAGUGUGGCACUUAUACUGAGGACACUUAAAUAAUAGUAAAAUCAUCAAGCUUGACGUAAUUACUGAAAAAUGGCAUCCUCAGGGGCUCCAUUCUGUACUUAAAACAAGAUCUGGAAUUAAACAGAUUUUUAAAGUAAGUUUCAAUAAAAUAAAGCUAGGCUUUGGUUUGGGAGCUUUCAUUUUAAUGUUAAUUAUUUUUACAUGAGCCUGUUCAUUGACAUGAAAUGUGAGUUUGAAGCCACACAAACAGUGCAACCUCUGCAGCAUGAGCUGUUUUGUUGUGGCUUCAAAAUGGUUAAAUGAGGCCAAGAUUAGUGGAUAGUUGGAUACCUAUGUAACACAAGUCUGAAAAUCAGAAAGGAAAGAAAAUGAAUCAAAUCAGCUUUUUAGUUCCUGAAAUUUAAAACAAAAAAUCAAUGAGCCAAACCAGUCAAUGCAUGGACAGCCCCCGGGAGUCUGCAGAACACUGUGGCCUUGGACCCUCCGUGCAUUGUGGGUAAUGUGGGAAUAAGCACUUGGUAAUGAGCUGUGGAAAUAUGAUGUCCUGUGGCCACUAACCAGCCCUACACCGGCCUCCAAAGUGACCAGGAUGCAGACAGGAAAUUGAGUGUGGGCCAAACCCAAUCUGAAAGUAAACAAAUUUCCAGCAGCUUCAAGAAUCGCACCAUUUGCAGUCAUAUCAUUAUCAAUCUUUAUUUUACUAGGGAGUUACAAUUAAAUGAGAAACUUUUUUACUAUGCAGACCUAAACAGACAAGCUUUGGAGUAACACACUCAGCACAUUCACCUACAAAUUAAUUAAGCAAAAUUACAUCUUGACACAUAAAUAUUAUCCCAAUGAUCCAGUCUGACACAUGGUCCAAAAACCUUUAUACAUGUGUCACGUUUUAGAAAAUCAAAUGUUGUGGUUGGCUCCAAGCUGAGCCAGUUUUUAUAAUCUUCUAAUGCCCCCCAGGCAAAUAAAUCCAUAUUAGGAUAUUCAUCCCAGACUCCCAACAACUCCACUUUUUUUCUCCAGCAAGGGAACCCAAAGCACACAGAGUAUAUCCUCUGCAUCUUCGUGAAAGUGGAAGUGCAUCCACCCCCACCCACCUUGUUAGCUUGAUGAAUAACAGCUCUGCCAGGAAACUGCUGAAUUUUACGUUCCACGUCUAUUUUGUGCUGGCUGAUAUUAAUUUCAAGUGCUUCGAGGGAGCUAGGUAGAAAUGAAAGUUUAAAAAAUGAAAUAGAAAUGCUUGGUAUUUCAUCAUCCCACAUCCUACCCCCACAAUUGCAUCUGCUCUGUAUAUUUAAGACUGCUUUGACUAUCUGCUUUUGUAAAGUUAUUCAGUAAUUUAUUUAUUAUUAUUUGGCGGUGUUUUCACGAUGUCUGCUCUCCUGUGCAUAGGAAGAAACACCUGGCUGGACGGUCCACGCAAUAAGUGUGAAAGCAGAAUGCGCUGUUACUGUAGGUUCUCAGAGUCCUUUGUCUGUCACACUCAAGUAUAAUCUAAAGUCUCUUCUCUUCACUGCGGCACAUCAUUUGUUGUAGCCAUUUAUAAACACUCUUCAGGCUAACAGAAAGAAUUGCUCAUACUUAUC